AAGUAAAUCAUUUAUUACUGCGAUAAUGUUUCUUUGUUAUCUAUUGUUGUCUUCUGUCUGUCAUUGGCCGGUAAUAAAAUUAACGUCACUAAGACCAAGUAUAACACGUCAAAAUUUGGAUGGUCUUGGUGAACUUCAUGAAACUCAAGAAAUUCAUUUUACUAACGUAAUACGCUGCUGUUACAUUUAAAUUUAUUUAUGUAUAAAUGGUUUAGAAAAUAAACUUAAAUUUUUUUUAUACUGAUAGGGUCUCUAUAUUGAUAGGGUGUAAUUUUUAUUCGGUCGGGUUAUAAAGCGCUUUUUUCCGCCACGCGCAGCGCCAUUUUGUGAUUGUUCGCUGACUGAUGCAACUAAACAUUUGAAUUGCAUUACUUCAGUAUUUUUACUAUUUUCCUGUUGUAUUUCCUUUUAUGAAUAACAAGUGACCUCAUUUAUAAUAUGAGUUACGAUGAGACAGUGAAUUUGAAUCAUGAUUUGUGACUUAACCUUCAAAUAAGAAGUGAAUAAAACAAGUUACAUUGUUAACUCCUGCAGCGCACUGGCUACUAGACGUCCAAAUUGCCUAGCUACCAAUUGAUGUCUCCCAAAUGACUUGCAUCCUGCCUGGUUAAAUAAGGAAUAAGCACUUCAAUUUAGGACCUAUUCUAAAAAUACAUUCAAAGCAUUCUAUGAUGGACCAAUUACAGUAAGUUGUCUUGAACUACAAUAAAUAUGUUGAGCCAAGAAAUGGAACCAGAGUUGGAUGAUGGUGAAGAUCACUGGGAACACCAGAACAUCCAAACACUGUUGAAUAUGUAUUUGCAAAACAUUGAUAAGUUUCGAAAUCCUAAAAUUAGGAAAAAAAGUGUUUGGGUUGAUAUAUCUAACGCCGUAGGUAAAGGUCCUGAUUGUUGCGAUAAGAAAUUCAGAAAUUUAAAACAAACCUACAUUAGAUUGCUUAAGAAGAAGAAUAGAAAUGGCACAGCCAAUGUGAAAUGGCCUUACUUUGAUGUUUUUGAAGAAAUAUACAGUGAUAAUGGUGAAUACCAGCCAGAUAUACAGCAGAAAAUAGAAGAGAGUGCAACAGAGCGGACUGUUGCUAAAGCUUUAUUGACAAUGAAUUCAGCUUCUAAAUUUGAACCGGAGAUACCAGAGAACGGGGAAAGUUCAAGUGGGCAAAAUGAAGAAAUGAAAAAGAGGUUAACUAGAAAAAGGCAUGCUGAGUUCCGUAAGGUUACUCUCGAAAUGAGAGAUCGGCAGAGGCUGGUGGAGGAGAAGCUAGAUAGGUUAAUUUAUAUAGUAGAGGAAUCUAAUAACAUACAGAAAGAGAGGAACAGACUAUUUGAACAGUUUUUGGAGAGAGUUAACCAAACACAAUGAAUGUUUUAGUAACAUUAUGUGUAUUAUAUCAGGUUGUCAUGGUAGGCUUCAUGAUUUUAAUGUCCAUCAGAUAACAUAGAUCGGGUGAAAUUUCAUACACUGUGUUUGUCACUUGAUGUAACUAAUAUUUUAAAGUGCAAUUUGGCAAUUAAGUGCUUGGUCUCUUGAAUUUCCUUAUAAUAAAGAGUUUACACUGUAUGUGAUGUUGGUAAACUAGUUAUUCUUACUUUAGCACUAAAUUUGUAGCUUGUAAAAUGCUAGUCUAAGCAGGUAUUUUGACUGUGAUAUCUAAAACCAGACCAGUUGUUUGUCCAGCUUUAGUUUAGCAAGUAGCCCAAGUACUGCAACUAAGUAGGUAACUUAGCUCACAAUAUUUUUUAUAUCACAAUAAAGUAAACCUUAUUGGAAUGCUUAAAGGUUCAUUUUAAGCUAUACAUGGUGGCAAUUACUGACUAGUGAAUUUUAACUUUUUAUAAUUUAUGGAUUUUGUGAAUAUUAUUUUUAAACAGGUAAAUUAUAAAAUAGUUUCUAUUAUGAAUUUUGAAAAUGUAAAAAAAAAUCUAAAUAAUAUGUAUAAUCCGCGGCACGUAAGUAACACCUGCACAAAAGUUGAUUUAUAGGUCUCAUCUGAGGUGAGGGUGGGGCGGAGCACGACACAGACGCACCGCACGUUUCCAUAGCAACGUAGUAGCGGCCAUGUUGGUUUUACUUCGGAUAAACUUCAGUAACAAUGAGCUACAAAUUAAUGCUUAUACCUAGUUCACAUUUGUAUCUUCCUUUGGUUUUCUGUUUGUUUAUUAGCCGGGUCCACACAGCGAGCGUGCCGACUCUGCUGAGGCACGUCUACACUGGCCGUUUUGUGCGUGAGGAAAUCGCGCGUAUGCGUAUGCUUGCUCUGUGUGGACCUGGCUAUUGAAGUAAAAUUAUAAGGCCUAAUUUUUAAAAUAUAAGUUAUUUCGGGUUUUACAAUAAAUGGAAUAGGUUGGUAUGUUCAUCUUAUUUUAUCAGUUUUUUAAAUUAAAUUAUGGAUUAAAUAUUUUUAAGCACAGAA